CAUAGUUUUUUCUUACACACAGAAAUUUUGAGGAAUUAUAAUGGCUGUUCAGUCCAAGAAAAUUGGCAUAAUCGGUGGCGGCAUUAGCGGCAUAGCGGCAGCGAAGCAGCUGUCGAAAUUCGAGCCGGUGGUGUUUGAGGCCACUGACUCCAUUGGAGGGGUUUGGAAGCACUGUUCUUACAGGUCUACCAAACUGCAGACCCCUCGAUGUGACUAUGAGUUCUCGGAUUUUCCGUGGACUCAGAGGGACAACACUAGUUUCCCUUCUUACCAAGAAAUACUGGAUUAUUUGUACUCUUAUGCUACCUAUUUUGAUGUCCUCAAGUUUGUCAAGUUCAAUUCUAAAGUGGUCGAAAUUCGUUACAUUGGCGAUUCUGAAAGCGCGGCCCGUGCUGAAUAUGGGAGCUUGCUCCCUGACCGGCCUGUCUGGGAAGUCGGAGUUCAGACCACCCAAUCCGAAACCAUACAGUGGUACGCGUUCGAGUUUGUGGUGAUAUGCACUGGAAAAUACGGCGACAUUCCGGCAAUACCCAAAUUCCCACAAAACAAAGGGCCUGAAAUAUUUAAAGGAAAGGUUGUGCACACCAUUGACUACUGCAAACUCAACGAGGAGGAGUCAACUCAGUUGCUUAAGGGCAAGAAGGUUGUCAUAUUUGGCUACAAGAAAUCUGCUAUUGAUUUGGCAGUUGAAUGUGCAGAAGCAAACCAAGGACCGGAGGGCGAAGCCUGCACUAUGGUUGUAAGGACCUUACACUGGACUGUCCCACAUUACUCGGUCUGGGGUUUGCCGUUUUACAUGUUCUAUUCCACCAGGGCUUCCCAGUACCUACACGAACGACCAAAUCAGGGCUUUCUCCGAACCCUCCUGUGCCACAUGCUCUCUCCAAUGAGAAGCGCGGUGUCAAAGAUUAUUGAAUCCUAUUUAACUUGGAAGCUUCCAUUGGAGAAGUAUGGUCUGAAACCUGACCACCCUUUUGAGGAAGACUAUGCCUCGUGUCAAAUGGCAAUCUUGCCUGAAAACUUCUUCUCUGAGGCUGACAAGGGAAAGAUUGCCAUCAAAAGAUCAACUUCAAAGUGGUGGUUUUGGGAAGGAGGAGUUCAGUUUGAAGAUGGAAGCAGAUUGGAUGCUGAUGUUGUGGUUCUUGCAACUGGUUUUGACGGCAAACAGAAGCUGAAAGCUAUAAUUCCAGACCCCUUUCGCAGUCUGCUUGAAUUCCCUUCUGGCAUGAUGCCCUUAUACAGGGGAACAAUCAAUCCGCUGAUUCCUAACAUGGCGUUUGUUGGUUACAUCGAGAGUGUUUCCAAUCUUCACACAGCCGAGAUACGUUGCAAAUGGUUGUCCCGACUGGUAGACAAUCAAUUCAGGCUCCCAAGUGUGGAUAAAAUGCUUGAGCAAACAAUGAAGGAGAUGGAGAUCAUGAGGCGGACGACCAGAUUUUACAAAAGAAGCUGUAUUUCGACUUUCAGCAUCAACCACAGUGAUGAGAUAUGUAAGGAGAUGGGGUGGAGUUCAUGGAGGAAGAAGAGCUGGAUUGCUGAAGCUUUUAGCCCAUACAAUAGCCAAGACUAUGAAGAGGAAAAAUAAGCCAUUAUCCUGGCAACUAUACCAGCUUUUUGCCUAUAUUCUAACUAUAUUUUUUGUUUGAUUUAUUCCUUUCAUCAUGAAAUAAGUAAUAGUGCAGUCCAUAUACACCAACAUGGAGUGGUCAGAUAAUAUGUAAAC